ACGUGGCUCGGGCGCCAAUGAAAUUUCAAAAUGUGGGUUGGUACCUCAGCUUCGGAUCACCGUUGUAACACCAAACCUCUUUAAGCUUCUUCCUCUUCCUUCUCCCCACCACACUUCUUUGAAUCUCCUUUGUUUUUCCUUCGAUUCUCAAACUUUAUUCUCAUUGUCCCUCAAAAACCCAUUUCUUAAAAUCACAGAAUUUUCCCUCUUUUGCUCGAUUUUUGGUCAAUCAAUCUUCACUGAUUUUGCGUUCUUUAAUUUGAACUCCAGAUUCUGGCUUCAAUCUAAUUUGCCGAAGUUGUUGUUAUCGAUGAAGGGUGAUAAGUCAAUUAAGAGCUCAACAUUUAGUAAAAUGAGGAAAAGAUUGUCUGAUAUUAGCAAUUUGCAUUCUCAACACAAAUCGCCUUUCAAGAAUCAGGAGAAUGUUUUACCUGCUCCGGAUAAUUCUUCCAGUAAAAUUUACAUGGAAAAAAUUCUUCAGGAAAAUGCUGUGAUGAAGAAACUUAUAGAAGAAAAAGAUAAAAUUAUUGAAUCGAAUGGAGUCGAGCUGCAGAAGCUGAGAGUUAAUCUUCAGAAAACACAGCUGCAGAAUUGGCAUCUUGCUCAAAGCAAUUCUCAGAUGUUAGCGGAACUUAACAUGGCUAAAGAUAGGUUGAAAAACCUACAACAUGAGCUUCUCAGCAAGAAUGCCUUGUCUAAAGCAAUGACUCUUGAACUGAAGGAAAAAGCAAAGGUGCACUGUAAAACAAAUGGCUUUCAGGAGGGAGAGCCUAAACCAGAAGAAGCAGCUAUGGAGCAACCACUGAAGGACAAUGAGAACAAAGUAUCCAAAACAAAAAGAGAACGCCCUGCAAGAAGUCAAUCCAUGGGACCUACAACGUCUCAGCAAGCUGUUGAUAAGGAGACGGUGGAAAACAAAAGGCGUUGUUUGAGGAGGCAAUCGGUGAGGUUGAAGCCCCCGGGGAAACAAGAUGACUUGUUUGAGAUAGAAGUGGGAAAAGAUGCUGCCAACCAGACUAUACAUUUCUCACGUCGUAAAUCAACCUCUGAUAAAGCAGAUGAUGAAGAGUAUCUCUCAGAGUCAUCAAAUAGUACAAGAGCACAACGAUCAUCAAUUGGAAGGCCACAGCGCAGGGUUACAGAAAAAGUUCAGUCAUACAAGGAUCCUCCACUUAAUAAAAAGAUGAGGAGACCGGCUUAGUUACCCUGCAUCUAUAUCAGCCCGUGUGGAUUCGAUUGGAAGGCCAACUAGGCAUUUCUCACGUUGUAAAUCAACCUAUGAUAAUGGCUUGUUGUCCCCAUGGCUUUGGAAAUUAUGGCUGCUUGUAGAUUUGUGAUAGCUAUCCUUUCUAAUACUGAAGUAGUUAGGAUAUUUUUGUCUGAUCUUAUUGUAACAUAUUUGAGCUUCUGACUUGACUAUGCAGGGUUUAUGCAAUAUCGGCUUCUGAACUCUUGCAACCAUUAUUACAGUGUAGAAUUGUUAAUUGCAGUAGGUCAGUACUUAGCUUCCAAUCUGGAAACCCGACCUUGAGCAUCAACGUGAUUUGGGUUUGAUUGAAAUUGUGAAAUUCCUACUUGAGA